AGAAAAAACAGAAAGCGUCCUUUUUUAAAUUAUUGUACCACAUUGCAGUGGUUGAACAAUUCAACUGGCAUCCACCGUCUCCCUUUACAUGGAUGCCAGGUUCUCGUGGGUUAAAAGAGAAAGCCGUAUUUUAAGCACUACGCCCUCUUCGGGUCUACAACUUGUAUCUGGCAACACACACAGAACCCUCACUGCUGUCGUCACUGAGGUCAGGUAGACGGAGCGAAGAUGGCGACUGCCUACGAGAGAUACAAUUUGCACACAACCCCAGAGAAGUUCUUCAUCGAGGCCUGCGAUGAGGGGGCUGAUGCUGUGCUGGCCAUCGACAGGGUUUCGAAUGAGAUGACCCUCACAGGUAAAAAAGAUGUCCCUCCGUCGGCGGUCACCAGGCCCAUAUGUGGCAUCAUGGGAACCAUUCGCCUGGUAGCAGGUAUGUACCUGAUCGUCAUCACCAGGAAGAGGAACGUGGGCAGCCUGCUGGGCCACGCUGUGUGGAAGGCUGUGGAUUUUGACGUGAUCUCCUAUAAGAAGACAGUGCUGCAUCUCUCAGAGAUUCAGUCUCAGGAGAAUAAGACUUUCCUGUCCAUGAUUAACAAUGUGCUGACCACAGACGGCUUCUACUUCUGCACUGACUACGACCUGACACACACUCUGCAGCGGUUGGCAAACACCAGCCCGGACUUCCAAGAGAUGAGUCUGCUGGAGAGGGCAGAUCAGAGGUUUGUGUGGAAUGGGAACCUCCUGAGAGAACUGGCUGCACAGCCAGAGCUUCAUAAGUUUGCACUUCCUGUUGUCCAUGGAUUCAUCGUCAUGAAGCCAUGUCGUAUAAACGGAAAGAUCUUUGAGUGGAUCCUCAUAUCCAGGAGAAGCUGCUUCCGGGCCGGCGUCAGAUAUUACCUACGAGGCAUCGACUCAGAAGGCCAUGCUGCUAACUUUGUGGAGACUGAGCAGAUAGUUUUGUAUGAGGGAGCAAAGGCUUCAUUUAUACAGACCCGAGGCUCCAUGCCCUUUUACUGGAGUCAGAGGCCCAACCUCAAAUACAAACCUAAACCUGUAAUCAGCAAAACCACCAAUCACAUGGAUGGUUUCCAGAGGCAUUUUGACUCUCAGCUCCUCAUCUAUGGAAAGCAAACUAUUCUGAACCUGGUGAACCAGAAGGGAUCAGAGAAACCUCUAGAACAGGCUUUUGCCAAGAUGGUGUCUGGCAUGAACAACGGUAUGCUCAAUUACAUAGCCUUCGACUUCCACAAAGAGUGCAGCGCCAUGAGAUGGGACCGUCUCCAGAUCUUAGUGGAUGAUGUCGCUGAGACACAAGAGGAAUACGGUUACUUCAUGGUGAACUCGGACGGGAAGACCGUGGCCCAGCAGAGAGGAGUCUUCCGCAGUAACUGCAUGGACUGCCUGGACAGGACCAACGUCAUCCAGAGCCUGCUGGCCCGGCGCUCCUUACAGUCUCAGCUUCAGAGGAUGGGGGUUCUGAAUGUGGGUCAGCGAAUUGAAGAGCAGGCUGAAUUUGAAAAGAUCUACAAGAACGCAUGGGCUGACAAUGCCAAUGCAUGCGCUGUACAGUACGCAGGAACCGGAGCCUUGAAAACCGACUUCACAAGGACGGGGAAGAGGACCAGGUGGGGGCUGCUGAUGGAUGGCUGGAACUCAAUGAUCCGCUACUACAAAAAUAACUUCUCUGAUGGAUUCAGACAGGACUCCAUUGACCUGUUUCUGGGUAACUUUGCUGUCGAUGAGUCUGAUGGACCCACUCCUCUUCGUGUGCAGAAGGACUGGAAGUUCCUCACGCUGCCCAUUAUUAUGCUGGUGGCAUUUUCCAUGUGCAUCGUGUGUCUUCUGAUGGCUGGUGACACCUGGACAGAGACCCUGGCUUACGUGGCGUUCUGGGGGGCUGCUAGUGCCAUCACUGCCACCAUCAUCCUGUUUAACGGCCAAGACUUUGUGGACGCCCCCAAACUGGUUCACAAGGAGAAGCUGGACUGAGAGUGUGUGUGUGCGUGCGUGUGUGUGUGCGCGCGCGUGUGUGUGUGUGUGUUUUCUGGGCCCAGCAGGUUUGUAUACCUGGUGAUCUUCAGCGUCUUCGUCCCUCGGUCUGGACUCAGACCGAUCUGCUGCCUCCAUACUGCCCUGCAGACUUUCUCACUCAAAACCAUUCUGUUUCUGCCAUUUGUCUGAAACGUAUUUUACCUUCUUCAGUUGUAUUGCACACACUCCUUCACAUGCUUUACAUUUAUUUCCCUACAUUCCUCAUACUGUCUCUUUUGGUUGGUUUGUUGGUGUUAGGUAGUCAGUUCUACAGAGGGUCUGUGAUGGCACUUUAGUUCACUGUUGUAGCAUUCUACCACUACGGCUCAUUUUCUCAUUCAUUUACCCUCCUUACAUUUUAAAUUUGUUAACAAGCUUUUUUUCUAUUUAGCUUUGUGGCACACUUAUUAGACCCUGGCUUAUUAGACCUCUGGCGGGUUCAGGUUUGGUGGAGCUAUGAUAGAAAUGACGCAAUGUCACAAAACCAACAGAAGAAUGAAAGCGAUGUCAAGUGCAGUUUGAACAUGUACAAAGUCCUGAGAAGACGUCUUUUUUUAUUUUUUAUUUUACCACUUGUGGGCAGCACAACAAGCUGAAAAACACAGUAAAGUUGAUACGGUGAACACCUUGGAAAACAUUUAUGUGUUGAUUGGGUGUUGGACAGAUAGUGAACAGCAGGUUAUUAGAGCUUUGUGCAUACAAAUAUGGAUUAGUGAAGAUUUAAAGGUAUUUAAUGUAAUUAUAUUCAUCCCAAACAGAUUAUCCAUUAAUGUCAGUUUACCCGAACCAGUCACUCAAAGAUGUGGCUCCUGUGUAUGUAACUGAUGCAUAGAGUGCUGUUUAUGGUGUGUACAUGUUGAGUUUUGAAUGUAACAAGCCUUAAUAUUUGGCUAAUCAGUAACUGGAAUGAAUAAUAUGUCUUCCUGUUAUGCUAACGCGUGCGUGCGUGCGUGCGUGCGUGUGUGUGUGUGUGUGCCUGCGCGCGCACGCAUCUUCGGAUUGUUUUGACAAAUUGACCAGUUCAGAGCUUUACAUGCAGGAUGAAGAAUGAGGUGUUGUCUUCCUACAUCUCUAGUUAGCUACCUACCUACAUCCAUGAAACAUGUCGACAAAUGUGGCUGAUCUAAGGAGCCGCCUUACAGACGGUGUAUGGUGGACAUAGUGCUUCCAUAGUUUACCAUGCACUUGUUCAUUAUGUUUCAGUCUAGUUCACUUUCCGGUUUCCUCACUAAGGUUUGGGGUCUGUGUUGCGCCGGUCUACAGGAGAAUAGUCCAAAUGCAGCCUUCCAUAUCUGCCCCACACUGCAGAGCACACACCCGUUUGAACCUUUCAUCAAUUAUAUUCAAAGACCGGAUUGGGCUUUGAAACCUUCCAUUGAUGUUGAUUUAAAAUGUACUAUAAUUUUAGGCAAUUGGUGACCAUGCAUUGUUGUUCUGUAUAUGAUUUAACAUGCGAUCUGUGUGGUGUUGUGAUCACAUGUUUAAGAUCCUUCCUGCAAACAUUAUCUCAUGUAUCACAUUUUUAAACUAUUGUUGACCCAUAUGCUCUGAUCAUGUUAGCCAUUCAAAUAUGUCGUCUAAUCUUUAUCUGAACUGUGUAACUUUCUGUCAGCUCUGCAUACCUACGAAGUCCCAAAGUCCCGGAAAGCUAUUUUUUAAAUCCUUAACAAGAAAAUAACUUGUGUGAAUAAGAGGUUAACUUGUGCAACAAAAAGAUAUCUUUUACAUGUACAAGAUGGCCCCUUAUUAAACCCAAGAUAACUUGUUCAUAAUAAUUGCUUAUGUGAACAGGACAACGUGUGGGAAUAAACAUAAACAUGCACAAAAUAUAUUGAUCUCUUAAUUACACAAGAUAACGUGCGUGAUUAAAACAUCUUUUGUGACUUCAGGUAUUUUCUGUAUUUUCUGCUGUAUUUGAAGGUCUUUAUCUGCAAAUGGAGCUGUGGACUCAGUUGUUGUGGAGUUGCUAGUAAGCUACAGUAACAACAAGAAUAAACAUUCGCCCUAAUGUGUGCAGUGUAGGUGAAAUCUUUCUCCCCAUCCCUGUACAUUUUAAAACGAGUUAAUUUGCAUUUCCAGAUGUAAUGCGGGAUCAUGUGUGGGUGGAAAGGAUGGGUUUAUCUGAAAGCACCUUAUUUGAUUUUUGUUUGGACAUUGUACCCAUAACAUCCUGACAGUAAGAAAACAGAAAAAGAUGCGAGUGUUUGUGUCCAUCAUGUGCUGCGGGGUCAAGCAGCCCGAAGGUUCCACGGUGUAGUGUAGUGUUUUUGGAUGUGAUCAUUAUAUCUCUACUGUGGUUUUUGUACAUGUUUUGCUUGUAAACAUAAUAAUGGGGCCAAUGACAUGUUACUGUGACAUAAAAACCUUCUCAACUGGUGUGUGAUGGGAUGUGCGUGGUAUACCAUGACUUACUAACUUUACCAUACAACAACACAUUUGGUUCCAGGGUUUUAGCUUCCUGUCAGUUCAUUCUUUGUUUAAGGAAACAAUAUAAAAUAAAUAUUCACCCUUAUAUGAUGAAAUGCUUUCAACAUCUGUUUGCAAAUUGUACUUUGGAUCAUUAAGAAAUUGGGUCAAAGUGGAUGGCACACAGAGUUUGUUUUCCAGGUUUAUGGUUUGCGUUACACAUUUGCAAAUGAUGUUCCAACCCUAUACAGUGCAGCUGAUGUUGGUGUUUUUAUGUCUGAAGGUUGCCCCUUUAGUGUCAUGUAUCAGGAAAUUUGGGAUUGUAUAGCUAUAAAUGUAUCACUUUUUUUAAGCUAUAAGCAACCAUCAACGGGUCUUAUGUUAGGAAGCCAGAAGCAUUAUGUUAGAACAUGUGAAUGGUCUUGUGUCUUCAGUGCUCUCCUUUAACAGCCAGAUGUCAUCCAGUGGUUUCUGUAACUGUCAAUAAACUCCAGUGAACGCA